GUGGUAGUUUGGGCGAAAACACAUCUGUUAAGAUUUAGGCCUAGAGGGAAAAACAUUUGUGUUUCGGUUACCCGACUGACCCUAGCAAAAACCUAGCUUUUUAGUCGGCUGUUGUAGUAAAAAAACAACUUCUCUGUUUAGUUUGUAAAUAUACUUAUACGUGUACAAUAUAUAUCUUAUAUGUGAUUACAAUAUGAUAUUGAAAAUUUUAGAGCCUGAUGAAUUUCAGUAUCAAAUUUCCUUCUAACAAUCAUUGGCUGAAAUAUAAAGAAAGAAAGUUACUAAAAAUAAGAGAGUCCCUACCUAUCAAUCCUACUUAUUUUCUCAAGACUGUAACCAGAAACACAACAUCACAACAUCAACAGGUGUGCUUAUAUCUAGUUUGGUUAUAUCAGCUACAAAGCUAGACUAAAGAUCCUUCUCUAAGGUGGCAAUCUAAUUUUUGAACAGUAUUUGUUUUGUAGGCCUUCCUUUCAAAAAUAGGUGAAGUUAACAAAGGGAGUAUUGACAAUUAUGUCUGCAUGCAUGACAAUGUGUCUAUCAGGCAUAGCCUACCCCAGUGGAAACAAACAACUAAUUCAUCAAUGUUAACCACUAUUUUUCUGUCACAGACUGUCACAAAAUAAUACCUUGUACACACAGUAAUUUGGAAAACAUGUUUAGAAAUUUGAAAUGAUUUAUCUGAUGUUAGAGCCUGGUUUCCUACUAUGUGUGCAGUAUGUACAUUUAGCAUAUGACUGUACUACAAUCAACAAACUGACAAGCAAACAAUCAAACAAUGGGUCCAACAGACACAACACUAACCAUGUCCCUGGCUUUAUGUAAAUCAAGCAGAAUUUCUAUUACAGAAGUGAGUUCCCUUUGCCGGUCAAGACUUAAACUGUAAAAAAUGAAUAUGCUGUACUACAGAAAAUAAAUCUGAUAAUCAUAAAGCUUGGUUAUAUAAUGUCCUGUUCUUUCUAUUUCUUCAUUGAUUAAAGGAGAAGAUGAAAAAUGCAACAUCUAAAAUCCAUUUCCAGUCAUACCAAAAUUUAGACUCACAAAAAAAAAUUAUGUGCACGACAUAUAAUCAAUGAUAAACUACAAUUGGAAUUUGAAUUGACCAAACUAUAAACUUCACUAGCCUACUUUGCAGACUUGGAGCAUGGCUGGCUUUUAUUCUAUUUUAUGGGGAGGGGGCGAUGGUUCAAUACACAAUUCACUUUGUCUUCUCGCUACCAAACUUUCACGGUCUGAGAAAAUUUAACUUGUUCUCUGAACUAAAUGUUCACUGUCGCAGCAAGUGCACACAAAAAAAGUCUGUGAAUUAUUUGUUAUCAGUAAUGAUAAGUUCACGUUACAGUCGUCACCAUGAAAACCGUGAACAUAACAAUACAUUGAAAAUAUCAGGAAUUACAGUAGUAUCAAAGUUGGUUAAGGUUCCCUUAUGCCGGGAAAGAAAGUUUACUGAGGAAGGGAGUUUGUGUGGAAGGGAGUAUGUUUAGUUUGCUGUGAUUCUAACUACUUUUCCAAAUGUUGCCCCAUGGUUCCUAUAGUUCAUUUUAGUUCUACAUAUCCUCUCACAAUCAAGUAUGAGUGACCGUUUAUGAUAACAUAUACAGUCAAAACUGGCUGGGUUGAUUCUGUGUGAAAAUCAACAGCUAUGAAAACAUAAAGCAAGACAUAUCGACACAUUGAUUUAGCUUUUCAUUUUACUAUUAUUGUUUAGUAAGACCCCCCCCCCCCAUUAUGUAGCUAUAUGACCUGCAUCCUUGAUUAAUUCCAGCCUCAUAUAAACUAUCAAAACACCUCUUGAAUACCUUGGUACCAAAGUACUGUUUUUACAAUUGUCAAAGAACGAUUCAAGUAUGAGUUUGCCUUCAUUCUCCCAAUAGGUUCUACUGAGAGAAAUAGUGAUGAGAAGAAACUAAACAUGUCAUGGCGCUGAAGAUAACGUGUGGAUUCCGCCGCGUUGGUGCCCGCGAAAGCAAACUUCUUGGCUUGACUGAAGAAGAAAAGCAAACCAGAAGGUUUGGUCAAGCUAACUUAGAGGAACAAUACAGGACCUACACGGACAUUUUUGUAGGAGAAAAAGAGAACGAACUAAACUUCAAAGACUUCUGUGAUAGCGUGAAGCACAUUGGCAAAGUUCUCAACACCUGGACACAAAAUCGUCGUGACGAGAAAGCUAAGUUUCUGGAAUACUUCAGUGUUGACAAGUGGCAGAAACUCAGUGCAGCAGCAAAAGCAAAACACGCUGCUGUUGGCCCAUGCAAAGAAUGUCAGCGGGAACAUGGUGCAUUCUGGGAACUUUACAACAAACAAAUAAAGAGUGCAAAUGUCCGCUGUGUAUUGAGUCCUAUAUCGACACCCCUAAAUGUAUCAAAGUUGGGACAAAAUCAGAAGAUUGACCAGUCAUCAAAGCGGAAGUUGUACCGGGAAUUCAAGGCAGAUGUCGAAGCGGCACAAAGGCUCAACAACAAAGAUGUUGAAGUAGCUUAUGCAACAGAUGAGUCACUCAGAUCCAGAAGAAAAAGGCGGCUUGCUGAGGAAUUUGAAUCAAAAGAUGAAGCUGAACAACGCACCAAAAAAAGGAAGCUGCUGGAAGAGCUGGGACAACGAAAACCCAGAAACAAGCUUGGGAACUUUGAGAACUGGGCAACAUUUGAUGGGGAACGCCUGAAACAAGAAGUAGACAGCUAUGAGGAUGGAGAAAAUGUUAACUGGACAGAGCUUGCGCGGAAGUACGAGAUCAAGACGCCAGACGGGAAAGUGCCCCCCAAUGCUGGCCAGCUGCUAAAGCUUUGGCUCAAAAAACAGCACAUUGACACAGAGAGAUUCAACAAGCUAUCAUCGGCCGUCAUCAGGAGAGCCAGGAUCAAACUUAACCGAGGCACAGGUGUGACACUUCCUCGACAACGAACAGAGAGACAAAUCAGCAAACAGCUUUGUGUCAUGAUAAAUGAUGGAGAAAUCCCAAUCGGAGAGUUUGUAGUUGCGAGAAAAUACAAGAAGUUCUUUCUCAACAGACAAACAAACAAAAUAGAGACAAAAGUUGUUACGACAGAAGGGAGGAAACAUUCACUGUUAACGAUCAGAAAGAAGCUCCUCACAGCACAGCAGCCCUUCCUGAGAGAUGCUGCUGACUACAACAGCAUGACAGAGGACCAACUGAAGCAAAGACUGGUGGACCUGGGGGAAGAUGUGCCAUCCGACAAAGCCUCCAUGAUUGAUCGCCUGUCAUCAAUCGAGAGAACCCGCCAUCUAAUGUAUUGGGAGGAUGGAGCCACGUUGGCCAACCGCGGUUAUAUAGCAUACAUGGUCGCAACUGUAUAUGACUCGGCCAUCUACUUGACCGACACUGAGUACUAUGAAAAGUUCAAAGUGCGCCUGUCGGUACAGUCAAAGGUAGAGCAACCUGAGCUCUAUCUCAUUGCCCGUAGUGGUUCCUCCGAUGCUGAGCAACUCCUCUACACACAGACAAGACGCGAUGACCUACCCUCUCUGCAGAUACAAGUUCAAGCGCCUGAUGGAAGACAGUAUAAGGACAUCUUGCGUUUUUUCAAGGGUGACAAUCCUGCAAGGCAGUUCGAAGUAGGAGAACAGAAAGGGGGUUUUCAUCCUUGUCUCUGCCCUAUUGACAUUAGAUGUGUGCAUAGGUUCUCAGCAUGCUCCCGCACAGACGAGCCUGCACCAACUAUCGAAGAUCGCCGACAGUUUCUCCUUGAAGGGCCCGUGACAUCUCGCAAAGCCUCCUCCAUGGAGCCUGAGCCCUUCGGCCAGCUGACAAAGGAGGAGAUGAAAGAUGAAGUAACGUCUCGAGGUUCAGUGUCAUACGCCGAAGCAGAAAACAUGUCCAAGAAAGACGUGCAACAAGAGAUGAAAGGGAUGCUGCACGGUAUGAAGCGCGCGCCAACACUUCUCCUACCAGACCUGACACAAACCACAGAACAACUGAACAUACAGCAACUGGAAGCUCCUGCCAGCGAGUCCAUGCAUGACUUGUUCAACCAUUCAAAGAACAUUCUCAACGAACUACCGGCUCAUGUGCCAAAAGAGGUCAAGGAAACCAUACAAAGAGUCAAGGACAUUAUCCUUGGAGGCAAAGAGAUAGUGAGGGCAUCAGACAUGCGGUAUGCAAUCAUUAUGCUAAAUAAAGAGUUGGAGAAACAACAGAAGGCGAGCAAUGAAGUCAAGCAGCUGCUGUACACACUUGCAGAGAUGCAGAGACUCUGCUAUUUGGCUGCUGACAAUCGCAACAUGGUCAACAUAUACCGGAUGUCAAACAUCAUGUUUCACCACCAUGUCAUGUUGAAAGAAGUCUUUCCGGGAAACCCCAAAGUCUUGACCCACCGAAAGCUCUGGGGAAUGUACAUCCACUCAUUGAGAGACCACACACCCGUCAUCUACAGAAUUGCUGCAAUAAGCUCUCUCAUGGCUGAAAACGAAGAGCGCCAAUUCGCCAACUUCAAACGUGUCACAAAGUCUUCAGCUUGCUAUGGGACCGAGGGCCACGUGAUCACAAACUACAUGAUAAGGAGUCACUGCAGUGAGAAAGUAGGAGCAAGUGAAAACAGAGGCUGUGUUGAAAAUAAGAUAUCUCAAGUGGCGAAACUGCUCCCCCAAGAGAGAACAAAGAUCCCUGUGGCACUGCUGAAGAAGUACCCACGAGAGGCCCAGGCAUGGUGUGAGCGGGUGUGUGACUUUUUCCAUCGGGGGUACGGCAUCCACUGGCACGUGGAAGGAGAACACGUCAUUCUCCAUGAUGCCCCCUCACAGGACCCGCCCUUCCAUCCAGCUGGCCCAACGAUGCGCCACUUCAGGUCCACCUCUAUCAAGCAGAUGCACAACCUCCUAAGGGACGACUUUCAGCAAUGUAUUGAAGAAGAGAUCCCUAUGCCAGUGAGUACGCUUUGGCUAUACAAUGGCCAAACGCUUGUAAAAAAGGUCAAAACUCCCUUCCUGGACACUGGGCAUGACUUCAGUCAACACGUCCCCUACAUGAGUGAGACUGUCCAGGAAACAGAGGAUGAGGAGGAAAGAGAGGAGAUGCCUGUGGAGCAGGAUCCUGCCUGUGAUGAACCUGAGGAGGAGGAAGAAGUGGUGAUCAGGAUGGAUCCACUGGACCCAGAUCCUGAGCUGGACGAGUUCGAAGAUGGUGGCAGUGGAACGGAGCCAGGCAUGCAGGCAGCUGCCAGCCAUGUACACGUGUGGACUCCAGGCCUGGCACCCUGUAGCAGCAGAGCAGGGAAAAAGGGAGAAUCAAAUGGUUCGUCCUUCCUGGCUACACCGCCUAGGACACCUGUGCAGGAAGCAGGACCCACAAGAAGCACCAUUGACGCACACAGCAGCAGCACUCAGUCCACUCCAGUCCAGUGCAGCAGUGCUGGGAAGGCUGUGCAGUGGAGAGGUGCAUUCACCCCACCAGACACUCCGAGAGUCCCUGUGGGAAGCAGAGAAAGGAAUGAACCAAAGUGGCAAACCAAGCUUGGUAGUGCCCUUGCAGUUGUCAUCGAGGAUGCCGAAACUAUUCAGCGUGUGGACAGUCUCAAGGCAAGGCUGAAGAUGGAACCACGCAACAAGUUCAUUAAAGCCGAGUAUGACAACUGUGUGGCCGUUGUAUCAACUAGGCUAAGUAAGACGUUACAUGAAGAACGGAAAAACUUCAUCACUUGGGAGAAGUCUUUCGUGACUGAAAAUGGCCGACUGCCCACAGCUGAAGAUGUAAAUGAAAGUGCGCAAGCGUCUGCUAGACAAAAGAGGAUAAGAUACGCUGAGCACCUGUUGAGAAGUUUUGGAGUCAAUCUUCACAUGAUGUGAUCCAGUUGAUUUUUAAUAAUAGACCCCUUUAAACCACACAAACUAGUUUUGUCAUAGGGGGAUGUUACUCACAAACCGUAACGUAAAAGUGUUUGAAAAAGUGUCCCCCAAACCCGGAAGAAGCAGGUGUUUGAUAACAAUCUCUGCCCUGACAGGCCAUUUUUGUGUUGUUUUUUUUUUCUUUUUGCAAGCGGGGAAGUCGAACGGGUUCUAUGUUUCCGAACGGGUUGGAUGACGUUUAUGGUUUGUGAGUAAAUUCUCCUCCAAUGACAAAACCCAUUUGUGUGGGUCAAAGGGGUCUAUUAUUAGGCAUCUACCUUGAAGUUAAACUUUAUUUCUGCCAGGCCAUUCCUGGCUUCCAGCUGUGUACUCUACCUAAGUAGACUUGAACAUCUUUUCAAAGAUGUUAGUCAAGUGAAAUAUAAGCAUUGACUUUGUACGAUCAACAAGUUGAUUCUUUCCAAUCUUUAUUCAAUCAAUCCCUGUGGUUUAUUGCAUUUCAAUCGUGUUGUGUAAAACUUUUAACAGGGUGUGACAAGUCCACUAGCCCAAUUGUCCCGAGUCAGUGAAAGUGCUGAUCGGGCAAGCAUAUAACCUCGCUUGCUGAUUGUGCAAGUAUGCUUUUUCCAGGAGUAAGAUUUUGAUAUACUUGUUAUUUUUCACAGCCAUGGCAUCAAGCAUUGGUCAACACAGAAAAAUAGAGCCAAUUGUAAAAGAACUCUAUUGCUGGAAGUGAAAAUACAUUAAGAAAUGGUAUUCAAAUUCAAAGUAAAAAGUUUGUUUGGGCAAAUAAUGUUUUAUAUACUUGUCUGACAGGACGUGUGAAUUUUAGAAAACUUGUUAAACCCUGUUUGUACAGUCCAGUCAUAACAUAUGACUUUUCUAAUUCAGCUUCCAACUAAAAAUGUUUCAAUCAAGGUUGGUGUAUGGAUAAAAUUUCUUGCUGUGUUGUAAUUCUGUGUUUUCUGUUUCUUGGUUCGACAUUAAGCUUUCUGCUGACAAUUGCAUUUUCUUGAAAUGUUGUACCAUAAUGAUGUGAUGUAAUGUAUUUCAAUUGUCAUGGUGUGACCAUGUUUGUGAAUGAUCAUGCUUGUUUUG